AAGGAGAGUAGAGAGAAGAGUGGGGAGUGAUCACACGGAGCUGGUAAAAAAAACAUAUUUAUCACCACUGCUUGUCAUUAUAGUUUGUGUAUUCUAUUUAUUUCCAUUUAAGACAACUGUAUAAGCAUUUUUUGGUAUUUUAAAACUCAGGACUUCCGCGUAGCUCUCUGUGGUCGACAUCGUUUCAAUAACAUGUAACUUAACGCUUUACCUAGCUAGGGGUGUAUUCAUUAGUCGUACUCCGUUCCAAAACGUUUUGUCUGUUACAAAACGUUGGCAACGGAAACCGUUUAUCGUUUACUCUAGGAACCAAACCAGCGUGACUUUUAUAAUGAGUUGAAUUGAGAAAUAACUGCUCAACAUUGUUCAAAUUAUGUGUUUUUGGUCCCACCAAUGUGUCCAAAACACCAUUUUUUGAUGGUUAUAGCAAGGCAGGUACAUUUUCACAGUUUUUCAUGAGCCAGUUCAAAUCCUGGGUCUGACUUGGGAACAAUAGUUGGAAUGUGAGUUGGCACCCGCAGUAUCGACAUCCUAUAUCCCAGCUGCUCCAUGGGCCCCACGCCCUCUGCUCUGACCUCUCCACUCCAAACUGUAGUCAUUGUAGAUCUCCUGUUCCAUGCUUCAUAAAGCCUAAGCCUACAGAAUGGAGGAAAGACACAAAAGGAUUCUCCAACGCAAUAGGGUCAAUCUCGUGAGAGACCUGAACCCGUCACAUAUGUAUCAUGGACUUCUGUCAAAAGGAAUCUUUACUCAAGACAUGAUUGACGAGAUAAAGAGCUCAGGGAUCAGACAAGACCAGGCCAGGCAGUUGGUUCGAGACCUGGAGUCCCGCGGGAGUCUGGCGUUCCCAGCUUUAAUAGAGUGUCUUCAUGAGACAGGGCAGCAUAGUUUAGCAGAGCUCCUACUGGAUGGAGAACCACAGAACCAGCCUCUACCUCAGCCUGUCCAUGUCCGGCCAGUCGUUAGGCCUUUACCAGUUUCCCCUGAAAGGGAGUUUGGAAAUCCCAGGGCAACAGGAAGAGUUAGACGUGACAGUAUUCAGAGUUAUAAGAUGGAUGCCAACCCCUGUGGACACUGCCUGAUCAUAAACAAUGUCGAUUUUGAGCCUAAGUCGGAGCUGAGUAAGCGCACAGGGUCCAACAUAGACUGUGAAAAACUGGAAAGAAGAUUCAAAUCUCUGAACUUUAUUGUUCUUGUCAAAAGAAACCUGAAACAAAAGCAAAUAAAGCAGGAGCUUUCGGCUUUGUCCAAGAAGGAUCAUUCACAGUAUGACUGCUGUGUGGUGAUCAUGUUAUCACAUGGGACGGAGGUGUGUAACAAUCGCUUCCCCGGUGCAGUGCAUGGAGUGGAUGGGCCCAAUGUCCCAGUUCAGCACAUUACAAACUACCUGAACGGUCAGAACUGUCUUUCCCUACAGGGCAAGCCAAAGAUCUUCUUCAUCCAGGCCUGUGGGGGAGGUGAGAGAGACACAGGCUUUGAGGUGUCUCCUGACGAGGCGAGGCCUUGUAUUGGAGGAACAGGUGACCAGACAGACGCAAUGCCCAUGUCCUCCAGCAGUGACUCUCUGAGCACUCAGUCUGAUGAGCCAGAUGCAAAGGCCACACUACCCACACCCAGCGACAUACUGUUGUCCUACUCCACCUUCCCAGGUUACGUCUCCUGGAGAGAUACCCAGGCUGGCUCCUGGUAUGUAGAGACACUGGAUAACAUCUUAGAAGAGAAUGCUACCACCGAUGACCUGGUCACCAUGUUAAUGAUGGUAAACCAUGCAGUUUCAGAAAACACGGCCAACAAACAGAUGCCUGGUUCCUUUAACUUUCUACGCAAACUUCUCUACUUCCAAGCCCUGCCCUGCCAGAGACCAAUCCUAUCAUGACAGCACAGAGUUUCACUCUCAGGAAAUUGUCUUCGUGUGCCCUUUUAAAACAAUUAGAAUUUUCUCUAUCAAUGUUUAUUUGGAUAUGUGAUCAAAGAGUACCAAGAUUGUAAUUUUGUUGACAUUUUUCUAAUGUUCUUUCUUUUCUUGUUUUUACACUCAACAUUUUUGAGAAUGCAAAAUCAUUGUGAAAAUCAAAAAAAUUGCAGCGGGAAAAAACAAUGGUUUACCUUGAGAAGCUCUCUGCGAAAUAUGAAUCAGGACUGUUGAUGACCUUACUAUUAACCAGAAAAUAAAUUGUAUAUAAUA